AUGGCUGUACAGUGGGAAGUCAUCCAGAUGAAGGUCGAGACCAGCCCAGGUGAUCAUAUUCGAGAUAGCCUCUUCGCCAACGGUCAAAUGCAGGUGCCUGUUAUUGUGUCGAUUGAAGCAAUCAAUCCAGCCAACAAUACAAUCUACAAACUAAGCGCAGCGCAGCUUAACACCAUCAAGCUUGUGGAUUAUUAUAAUCCUACUACGCAACUGUCGACCCCUUGGACUUAUUCGGACGUGGAAAAUGAAUUCCACCAUGCGUUGCCGGCCACUGCGGCUAGUGAGACGCAGCAAACCGACGCCUCCGAUCCAAGAGCGGAUUUUCAAAAGAAAACCUGGUGGGUUUCGACCUCAAGGGUCGAGCACAAGAACAUCGGGGCAAGCAUCCAGACCCCCCAAGGGAUCUAUCAUACCGGCGGAGGGACUGGGCAUUCCGACUCCCAUGUGACCAUUACCGGUAUAAGCCCCAUACAUUACAACAUGAGUAAUGUCGAGUUCAGUGGCUACGAGAAUACCGCAAAUGGGAAGACUACGAACGGGACUCACUCAUUCGAUCAGGACAAUUACUAUCUUUCCAGCAAGGUCCAUCGAUUCAAAAAAGUCCAGAUCAGAGGCGGCUAUUUUUCGGACCCUCCGCCGGUUGAGUAUUCUUACGUACGAGUCUCGCGGAACGUCAUCAUCGUCGAGCAAACCCAUCUGCACUACCUGUGGCCGAUUGGCUCGCAACAGACAAAGCAGGCAGGGCACCCAAACGCAAUAGCCAAUAUCACAGUCAAUCAACGACACGGUGCCCUCUGUCUCACCCGUCUCACCUUGGGGGGCCGUCCGUUAUACGGCGACAUUGGUGGCCUUUUCACAGGCCAAUUCACGAUAUGGGAUGAAUAUGGCAAUUGGGGGAAGUUCAAAGCUGGCAGUACAGACGGCUACAACCAAAUCGCCAUGGCCGCUGACAAUUCGUUAUUGGAUGAAAAGUCCUCACCCAGUGAGAAAUUCACGCCCAUCAGUCCAGAAGAGGCGGCCUCCAUUGAUCUGGAAGAGUGA